AUGUUCAGUCUGAAAGUUCUGUUGGCCUUGAUCGGCGCCUUGGCCGUCUUUGGAGUGACUGCCGAAGCCCGGCGAUACUUUGAUUCCUACGACGAUGACUGGUAAGGAUUAUAUUGUAGUAACCGUAGGCUUACAAAUUUGGAACUGCUUGAGUCCAUACCCUCGGCCCAUUAGCUGGGUGUUCUCUGGGUCCUUUAAUCCCUUUAGGAAUCAAAAUAUGACAUCCGGAGAAUGAUCUAGAUGUCAUUGUUUCCGGCUAGUCUAUCUUGAAAUAUCAGGCGGCCUCGACCUGCCCGAGACGAGCCCAUGAGUUUGGCGGUGCGUCGAAGAUUCAUCGAAGCCGAAGAGAAUCAGAAUUCGACUCCAGAUUCAUCCGCCAAAUCAUCCCAUCAGGCAGAUGACGCCUCGAGUAUGGGCGAUGUUCAGAAAGAAGAGCCAAAGCUGGUGUUAGUAGAUGAAGUCGGCGAGAGAAUAAGAGAAUCGAGAGAGCCGGAGCGUCAAGUGGUCCUAGUCCAACGACCAGAAGUCCCUUCGUAUGCGGAGCGACCACCUCCAUUUGUCUCUCCGCCUCCACAGCCUUCCUUCAUCCUCCGUCCUCCUCCUCCGCCUCAACCCGAAUAUCGAUACAUUGUGGAUCGACCGCGAGUCAGAGUAAUCGAUGAUGGCAGCUACAAAAGCGCUCCUCCACGGUUUGUGAAUAUCCGGCCGUCUGAUUACGAGGAUUACCCGGAACUAAGGGUACCCAGAUUCAAUCCAAGAAGUCUUCGAAAUUUCUUGGUUAUCCCGUAAAAAGUACAGUAAUCCCAGAGCAACCCCGGGUCUAGAACAUCUGUUAAUUCGACUGCUGUAUAAUAAAUAAAUAUGAUUUGCAGGUACUACUACCGUCGCCCUUACGCCCGUCCUUACUACGCCCCCAAGGAAGUCUACGUCCCGCCCGCAAAGGAGUACCUGGUCCCAGCGCCCCUUCCCUACGCCGCUCCUUACACCGCUCCAUAUACGGCUCCAAUCGUCCACACUCGUUAUGGAAAAUAA